UAUUUCUAAUUAACAUCAAUCAUAAAUGCAUAAAGUAUCAAAAUGUACUGAAACAUCAAAAGAGUUAAACUGAACGACUGCUAAAUGUAGUAAAACUAUAAUAUUACAAGUACUUCCCUUAGCAAAUCUUAUUAUAUUAUUAAACUGUUUGAGGGUCUAUUUUUAAUAAUUGGAUGUUUACCUAAAACCCUGUACUGGGAGCCAAAAUCUAUGACAAUGUUGAAAAACUGGGGAGUAGUUGGUUUUUGAUUUUUCUUAUUAAAUAAGACGUUUCAAAUUGAAGCUACCGCACACAAAAGUCUACAACAUUAUCGAUUAAAUAAUAAAGUCGACCGUGGAGCCCUUUUGUAAGAUGAUAAACUAGUUGACAACUAAUACUACAAAAAAAUACUACACGUUGUCUACUUUGAAUAUUCUCAUAUGUUGACUAUUCUAUUCUGUUGAAUUUCUCUCCAUUGUUGCUUCUUCUUCAACCUCCAGUUCAUACUUUGGUUGCCGUCUCCUGCCAACUUUGACACAGUUUUGGUCGGCCAUAAUUUGAAGCUAUAAGCCAAAAACUCAUGUUAGUGGGUAUGCAACUUCUUAAAGUCACAACAAGAUUGUAUGUCCUUUAAGUUUCAGUUUAUGGGUGUUUUUGGUUUUAGUUACCAAUGAGAAAUCUACCGUCAUGGCUUUUUUUGAUCUUCUUUUUAGCCAACUGCUUCCGCAUCUCUGUAGUUUUGGUUUCUGGACAAUGUCAGAGUGAUCAGCAGUCAUUGUUACUCCAACUCAAGAACAGCGUCGUGUUCAAUUCUAAUUCAUCUGUAAAUCUGGCGCAGUGGGAUCAAAACUCAGAUUGUUGUAAUUGGAGUGGUGUUGACUGCGAUGACGCUGGGCAUGUUAUUGGUCUCAACUUGAGCAAUGAAUCAAUCUCCGGUGGAAUUGAGAAUGCGACUGGUCUAUUCGCUCUUCAGAAUCUGAAUAGCCUAAAUUUGGCUUAUAAUAAAUUCAAUGCAAUUCUAAUUCCGUCCAGGUUGGCCAAUCUCACAAACUUGACUUAUCUGAAUCUUUCUAAUGCUGGCUUCGCAGGACAGAUUCCCGGUUCGAUUUCAGGCAUGACAAAGUUGGUUACACUUGAUUUGUCAAGUCUUACCUUCGUGGGAGUUUCUCUCUUGAAACUUGAGAAUCCGAACUUAAGCACGUUUCUACAGAACUUCACAGAGAUUAGAGAACUGUAUCUUGAUGGUGUAAAUAUAUCAGCCCAGGGAAAUGAAUGGUGCCAAGCUUUAUCUUCUUCACUGCCCAAUCUGCAAGUUUUGAGCAUGUCCAGCUGUUUUCUUUCAGGCCCUAUAGAUUUAUCCCUUGGGAACCUUCAGUCACUCUCAGUAAUUCGUCUGAAUCAGAACAAUCUAUCGUCCCCAGUUCCAGACAUUUUGGCGAAUUUCUCCAAUUUAACCUCCUUGCAUCUCAGUAAUUGUGGGCUACAAGGAACAUUUCCAGCAAAGAUAUUGCAGGUACCAACACUAGGGACUCUUGAUUUAUCGCAUAACAAUUUACUUCAGGGAUCUUUGCCAGACUUUCCUCGAAAUAAUUCUCUUCGAUCCUUGAUGCUUCAAGAAACAAGUUUGUCGGGGCCACUGCUAGAUUCCAUUGGAGAGCUUAAAAGUUUGUCAAGAAUAGAGCUCACAAGCUGCAAUUUCACCGGACCAAUUCCCACUUCAUUAUCUAAUCUCACCCAAUUAGUUUAUUUGGACUUGUCAUUGAACAACUUCACUGGUCCAGUCCCACCUCUUCAUAUGUCCAAAAAUCUCUCCUAUCUAGAUCUCUCUCAAAACCAUUUGACUGGUGCAAUCUCAUUCACUGACUGGAAACAGCUUUUGUAUCUUGUUUAUGUUGACUUAUGGAACAAUUCACUUGAAGGAAAAAUCCCCUCAUCUCUGUUUUCAAGGCCAUUGCUGAAGCAGCUUCAGCUUGCUAACAACCAAUUCGAGGGCCAACUUCCUGAAUUUUUAAAUCCAUCCACCUCUGUGUUGGAAACCCUUGAUCUAACUGGCAACAGAUUAGAAGGGCAUAUUCCUAUGUCUAUCUUUGAACUCAAACACCUAAGUAUUCUCCUACUUUCUUCCAACAAGUUCAAUGGCACUGUACAGCUAGAUAAGGUUCAAAAGCUUAGCAAUCUUACAAGGCUGGACUUUUCAUACAACAGCUUAGUAGUGAAUGCUAGUAGUGGUAGCUCUUUCCCCCCCAAGAUUAGCACAUUGAAGUUGGCUUCUUGCAACCUGAGCAUGAUACCUGACCUCAGGAACCAAACAAACCUAUAUCAAUUAGAUCUUUCAGACAACCAAAUUUCGGGAGAAAUACCUAACUGGAUAUGGAGAGUUGGUAAUGGCAAUCUCAUCCAUCUAAACCUUUCACAUAAUCUUCUGGUGGGUCUGCAAGAACCAUAUAAUCUUUCCAAUCUCAGUGUCCUUGACCUACACUUCAACAAGCUCCAAGGAGAGAUCCCAAAGCCACCACAGUCUGCAAUCUAUGUGGAUUACUCAUGUAAUUUUUUUACUUCCAUCCCAGCUGACAUUGGUACUUUUCUCCCAGUCGCCAUAUUCUUUUCCCUUUCAAACAAUAGCCUCACAGGAGUUAUCCCUGAAACAAUAUGCAAUUCCACAUAUCUUCAAGUUCUUGACUUGUCAGAGAACAAUUUGAAUGGCACGAUACCAACUUGUUUAAUCCAAAAGAUCGAGGCUCUCGGUGUUCUAAAUUUAAGGAGAAACAAUCUCACUGGAACUAUUCCUGAUGCAUUUCCAGGAAAUUGUGCAUUGCAAACGCUAAAUCUCAAUGGAAAUCAACUAGAAGGAAGGGUUCCUAAAUCUCUGGCUAAUUGCACAACGCUGGAGGUGUUAGACCUUGGAAACAACCAGAUCACUGACAAUUUUCCAUGCUGGUUAAAGGAAAUCUCUAGUUUUCGUGUCCUAGUCUUGCGAUCCAACAAAUUUUAUGGAAAGAUUGGUUGUCCAGAGAUACAAGGCAACUGGUCAAUGCUUCAGAUUGUCGACUUAGCUUCCAACAACUUUAGUGGAAAACUACCAGCUCUAUGCUUAACAACCUGGAAGGCAAUGAUGGCUGAUGAAGAUGAAGCCCAAUCAAAUCUCAAGCACCUUCGAUUUGAGUUCCUGGGACUUACCCAAUUAUACUACCAGGAUUCAGUAACAGUUACCAGCAAAGGUCAAGAGAUGGAGCUAGUGAAGAUCCUAACUAUAUUCACCUCCAUUGACUUGUCAAGCAACAAACUUGAAGGGCCAAUACCAGAAGUGAUGGGACAAUUCAUAUCACUCUAUGUUCUCAACUUGUCAAAUAAUGCUCUCACAGGAACCAUACCAUCAGCUAUUGGAAACUUGCGACAAUUGGAGUCCUUGGACCUCUCAGUAAAUGACCUGAGUGGGGAAAUCCCUUUACAACUUGCAAGCCUAAAUUUCCUCUCAUUCGUGAAUCUCUCAAAUAAUCACUUUGUGGGAAAGAUACCAUCAGGUACUCAGCUCCAAUCAUUUUCAUCAACAUCUUUCGAGGGUAAUGAAAGAUUAUGUGGCCCUCCUUUGACAAAUAAUUGCACAACAAAUUCCAGCAAGUCAGAACAUUCAGCGCCAGCUUUAAGUAAAGAAUUUGAUUGGCAGUUCAUAGUUAUUGGAAUUGCAUUUGGGAUAGGUUCAGCAGUAGUUGUUGCACCCUUGAUGUUUUCAGACAAAGUAAACCAAUGGUACGACGAUCACAUCAUCGACGAACUUCUAAUGGUGAUUCUCCCCAUGUUUGGGUUGAUGUACAAGACUUCUCAUCAAAGAAGAAUCGAAGCAGAGGAAUAUUUCGAAGACGAAAACACAGAUGAAGACGACGUUGAUUUUGAUGAAACGCAAACCAAAGAAUUUCGCGGGCGGUAUUGUGUGUUUUGCUCAAAACUCGACGUUACAAGGAAAAGUGUUGUUCAUGAUCCUACAUGUACUUGCCAUCAAUCACCGCCCAUAUCGUCUUCUACUUCCACUUCAUCCUCAUCUUCUUCAUAGGCACAUUCCGUUAAAAGUUAAGCUUUCUUUGUUCCUUUCUCCUUUUGUAUUUUGUUCUGUACAUACAAUACAAAAAGCAUCAACCCUGGAGCAGGGGUGAUGGCAACAGAACCUGAAAACAAAACUGUGUUAUGUUGUAUACAACUGAGUGUAUCAAAUUUUGGUGCUUAAA